AUGCGCAUAUGGCAGAGCUUCCCACGGUCUUUCAGACUGGGUUUCUUGGCAUGCAAUAACCUAAGCGCAGGCAACAUACUCCUCAAUGGAACCGGCCAGAUUUCGUUUCUAUUCCAAAUGGCGCAGCUCAUCGAUCCUGAUAUGCCCGGUAGUGCUGCAGCACGAUCAGGAUUUGAUGGCCUCCCUUAUGAACUGGUCUUUUCGGACGAUUUCAAUACAGCCAACCGCACUUUUUGGCCUGGGGAUGAUCCCUUCUGGGAAGCCGCAAACAUCAAGUAUGGGAGUACCGGCGAUCAGGAGCGGUAUGGCCCCGCCCAGAUAACAACAAGGUUAUUUGCUCCCAUGAGCACGUACAUCGCCGCAUGGUCAUUGUCAGGCAACGAUACUUGGUCAACUGAUGAACUCGCAGACACGCAUGCAAAACUCGCAAAGCAACACGCCCUAUGCGAGAAACUCGAGAUGGACCUACUCGCUCUGAACAUCAACAGCGGGAGUGGGCCAAGAGAGGAGGGUACCUAUCUUCCCAUGGAAGGCUUGCUUUUGAAUGUGCCGUCUCCAUCUCUUAGUGUCAUGUAA